UUCGCUCUAAGAGGGAGUCUGGCCGCUUGUCAGCUCCGGGACAGCCCCUUUACGGGGGCGACGACGGGCGGGGGGAAGGGAAUCCGGGGCAAGCGAGCAAAUCCUGCCGACCGGGCUCUGGGUGAGCGAAUACCAUGCUGUCCAAUCAGGAAAAUGCCUGUUGAGAAAGACGUCGGCAUUAGCUAAUUAGUGGUUGCGGUCUUCCAGAAGGCGGUACUUGGGAGGGGUGGGACUUCCUGUUUCAAAUAAACACCCAGAGGUAUCCCCCUCCGCCCUCCGAAGUGUGUCCAUCCCGGGAGGUCCGUCACCGUUUCUCCCUGAGGGGUCGGAGGAACCCACGGAUGUGAAAGGGCCGGGUUAGGGCCUGGGGCAGUUGCACAGGCGGGGCUGGAGUCUCAGGACCACGGGAGCUGGCUCUGAGUCUGUCUUUGCUUCAGGGUCCCCGGGCCCGCGCUCUGGCCGCCAGAGCCAAGUUGGAAGAAGUCUGAGGAGGGUUCGACUUGGGCCAGGGAGGAAGCAGGGCCCUUUCUGCUGUGGGGCCUGCCCCUGGAUCUGCGAAUGCCUUGGGCGUGAAAGACCGCACCAAGUGAAAGGGCCCGAGGAUUUUGCUGGUUAGCGGGAGAGUUUGUGGGGAAAGAAGCUGCCUGGGGAAUGACACUCUCUCCUCCACAACAGUCCGAGGUUAUGCGUCUCAAUGAUACCGCGGAAACGCUACGGGUCUAAGAACACGGAUCAGGGUGUCUACCUGGGUCUCUCAAAGACACAGGUCCUGUCCCCUGCAACUGCUGGCAGUAGCAGCAGCGACAUCGCCCCUCUGCCCCCCUCAGUGGCCCUGGUCCCUCCCCCUCCGGACACCAUGUCCUGCCGGGAUCGGACCCAGGAGUUCCUGUCUGCCUGCAAGUCGCUGCAGAGCCGUCAGAAUGGAAUCCAAACAAAUAAGCCUGCUCUACGUGCGGUCCGACAGCGCAGUGAAUUCACUGUCAUGGCUAAGCGCAUUGGCAAAGACCUUAGCAACACAUUUGCCAAGCUGGAGAAGCUGACAAUCUUGGCAAAGCGCAAGUCCCUCUUUGAUGAUAAAGCAGUGGAAAUUGAAGAGCUAACAUAUAUCAUCAAACAGGACAUCAAUAGCCUCAACAAACAAAUUGCUCAACUUCAGGAUUUCGUGAGAGCCAAGGGCAGCCAGAGUGGCCGGCACCUGCAAACACAUUCCAACACCAUUGUGGUCUCUUUGCAGUCAAAACUGGCUUCCAUGUCCAAUGACUUCAAAUCAGUUUUAGAAGUGAGGACAGAGGUGAGAAGAACCUGUAGGCGGGAUAAGAAUGCGGGGAACCUGAAGCAGCAGAGGAGUCGGAGGGAGCAGUUCUCUCGGGCGCCUGUAUCAGCCUUGCCUCUUGCCCCCAACCACCUGGGGGGUGGUGCUGUGGUUUUGGGGGCAGAGUCCCGUGCCUCCAGGGAUGUGGCCAUUGACAUGAUGGAUUCUCGGACCAGCCAGCAGCUGCAGCUCAUUGAUGAGCAGGAUUCCUACAUUCAGAGUCGUGCAGACACCAUGCAAAACAUUGAGUCUACAAUUGUUGAGCUGGGCUCCAUCUUUCAACAGUUGGCACACAUGGUUAAGGAACAGGAAGAAACCAUUCAGAGGAUCGACGAGAACGUGCUAGGAGCCCAGCUGGAUGUUGAGGCCGCCCAUUCAGAGAUCCUCAAGUACUUCCAGUCAGUCACCUCCAACCGGUGGCUCAUGGUCAAAAUCUUCCUCAUCCUCAUUGUCUUCUUCAUCAUCUUUGUGGUCUUCCUUGCCUGAACCCUAUUCACUCUGAGGCACUCCAUGGGGGUUUGGAGCCCUCCUGGAAAGGCAGGUGGCCACUUCUGCCACUGAGCCUGUGCAGGGUACUUGGAAGAAAGGCCCUGUUUCCCUGGAACUGCUAGGAAUGGCCACUGCCCCAAUCUCCCACUCCUUGCCUCGGGCCAUCCUGUCCUCCCUCACCACCCUCAGGCCCAUGAAACACACACAGUUCUGGAUUUCAACUCUUCUGUGAAGUGGCUGGAAGAGAGCAGAGGCCAGCUGGGGGCCAGUAGGGGAGGUUGUCUCCACUAGGAAAUUUCUAUAAAUCCUCCAGCCUGUCUGGAAGGAAACUUUGCAGCAAGGAGAAAUGAUGCCCUUGCCCCCUUCCUUUGAGUGAGGAGAGGAAGCAAAACUGUCCCAGGGACCAACUUUCCCAUCUGGGUUAUAACUUGACCUCUUUUCUUCUUCCUCUCUUUUCCAUGUGAGGCAGGGGGGCCUGAGCCCUUCAGCUGCUGCCUGCACAACCCUUGACACUGGCUGCUGGUGACUCAAUCUGCCAAAUAUACUGCAGCCCGUUUUCUCCCAAUUACAGCAAGACUGUCAGCCUC